AAGGCCGGCGUGGCCGCUCUCAGGUUCUUCUCUGUCACGACAUAUCCGAUUCGACAUUCUUAUUCAAUUCUAUCUAUGAUACUCGACAACUUCACGCCGCUUUUUUCAUUCGCAUUCCAAUCGCGAGACUUGGGAUAAGCCAGUUGGUAGCUGUUUGUUAUUAUCUUAUUAUCGCGAUAACGAUGCACAAUCACGUAAAUACGUGAUUGAUCGUUUCAACCGUGACGAUAACGACGACGACGAGGACGAGGACGAAAACAAAGGUGCCGCUAAGGCACGCGCAAAACAGCUGAUCGACGGAGACUCGUGUACUCCGAGUCACUGCCAGCUACAAGGAAUUGGUCCGACGGUCAUGGCGGGUUUCGUGCUUCGGAUAAAAACGAAAUCGGGUCAAAAGGCCGUUCACGGCCUUGCGGCACACGAUAAGGUAUCGCAGCUGAAGGCGAAACUCGCUGAGCUCACUGGCGUACCAGCCGCUGCUCUUCAGGUCCUCGUCGGCUUUCCACCGAAGCCCGUCGAUCUAGACGCGACCGAUGCCACGAUCGAGCGCGCCGGCAUCGUCUCCGGGGACACCCUGAUCGUUGAGGAGAAACAGAUUGUGUUCAAUAGACAUGAGCAGAGACUGGACAAUCUUGGCCGAUCGCAUAUCAUUGAUCAGGAGAACUUUGCCAACGUUCCAGGCAUUCUGAUGAGAAAGGUUGUACCCGCGGACAAUUCCUGUCUUUUUACCAGUGUGGGUUAUGUUCUAAAUGGAAAAGUUGACACCAGUUGUGCCAGUUUCAUGAGAGAAAUUAUAGCAAAUGCAGUAGCGGCAGAUCCAAAUGAAUACUCUGAGGCAUUUCUUGGUAGACCCAACGCUGAAUACUGUGACUGGAUCCUCAAGUCUGAUGCUUGGGGUGGCGCCAUUGAACUGUCAAUCCUAUCUAAAUUUUACGGAUUGGAGAUAGCAGUGAUUGAUAGCAUUAAUGCAAUAAUUAAUAGAUUUGGCGAGGACCAACAUUAUGCUCAACGAGUCUUUCUUAUAUUUGAUGGGAUUCAUUACGAUCCUCUUUACUUGGAGCCACUCGAUGGUGGCAGUAUUCAAACAAUCUUUCCCAUUGAGGAUGAAAACAUACUAUUGGAGGCUGCUCAACUUGCGAAGGAGGCAAGAUCAAGUCGUCAGUUUACGGAUGUGCAAAAAUUCACGCUAAUGUGUAUCGACUGCAAGAUUAUGCUGAAUGGACAAGCGGCGGCACAGCAGCACGCCAAAGACACGGGACAUAAAAAUUUUGGCGAAGUAGCAGCAUAGCCUUAUAUCAGCAAUCAAUAUGAUCUAAUUCUUCGGACUGAAGGAUUAUCGUUUCGCAGCUAAGGAUAAGAGAGAGAAAGAGCUAAUAUCUUUUUCUACUCGAGUGAGACGCUUGCGAAUAGUAAUAUUAUUAUUAAUGCGAAUACAUUUACAGUGCACUUAAGGAUUGUUAAUGCGCAUAAUACAAGUUAUUGAUUUUGAUUAAACAUUGUUUAUCGAUA